CAAUGAAAGUAAUCGCCAGUUCAAACCCGGGCGUAGCAGCUUGCGGCUGGGCGAGGAAACAAAAGAAACAAUAAAAAAAGCCUUCCGGAACACGCUGAUUUCCAUUUCAGCCGGCGCGGGCGCUUUUUUUGUAUUAUUAGUAACCACAUUUGUAAAUAUUUUUAUUUUUUAUUUUAAUCUAUUUGAAUAUCUUCUUUUGAAAAUAUUUUAACAAUGACCAGUAGCACAGCAUUAUUGGUUACCGAGGAGAGGGAGCCCGAGCUCCCGCCCCUGGUUGUAGAAAGGCUUGAAGACCUGGGCCUCGAUGAGCACGGCCCGCAGAGCUAUUCAGGGCCGCAGGAAGCCCCGAUCACUGCGGUACAUCAACAUCAUCAGGCGGCCCAGUUCAGGUUGCUCGCCAGCGUGCUGGAUCUGCAGCCGCAGCCGCAGUCGCGACAUCAGCAGCGGGACGAGGAAGUAGAACUAGACGAGGAGGAAUUAGACGAGGCAGAGUCAAACACGCACCUCACACAGGCCCAUAUACCAUGUUUGGGCUCUGUUAUGCUGCCGGGGUUGGAGGCCCCAGAGACGGUCAUGCUGUAUAGCGGCGGCGUGGAGGACCCCCAGCAGCAGCAGGUCCCUGGGAUGAUAAUGAUACUUCCUCCAGGUUACGGAGAGCAUGGUUUCGAGGGCGAUCAUUCUUCUGUCAUGCGGAGGAAGAGCGUCAACACCACAGAGUGUGUCGAGGUGCCGACCUCCGAGCACGUAGCAGAGAUAGUUGGCAGACAGGGUUGCAAAAUCAAGGCGUUGCGGGCCAAGACCAACACAUACAUCAAGACACCGGUGCGAGGGGAGGAGCCAGUCUUUGUGGUAACAGGGAGGAAAGAGGAUGUGGCCAUGGCUAAGCGGGAGAUCUUUUCCGCAGCAGAACAUUUCUCUAUGAUCCGAGCAUCUCGCAACAAGACUGGCCCAUUGACCGGAGGACUCCCUGGUGCCCCCAACCUGCCUGGCCAGAACACCAUCCAGGUCCGUGUGCCUUAUCGGGUCGUGGGCUUGGUGGUGGGUCCCAAGGGUGCCACGAUCAAGCGGAUCCAACAGCAGACGCACACCUAUAUCGUGACCCCCAGCCGAGACAAGGAGCCAGUGUUCGAGGUGACGGGCAUGCCAGAAAAUGUGGACCGGGCACGCGAGGAGAUUGAGGCGCACAUUGCCAUGCGAACCGGCAGUUACGUUGAGAUGACUGGGGAAGAGAACGACUUCCACUACAAUGGCACCGAUGUUGGCUUUGAGGGGGGGCCUACUGGUGGUGGUGGCGCUUGGCUGAACAACCGUGCCCCACCGGGGGGAGGACCCAGUGGCACCCGCGUGAUCUCCAAUUACCGCAACGACAGCUCCAGCUCCCUGGGGAGCGGCUCGACCGAUUCCUACUUUGGGGGCAACCGCAUGGCAGACUUCAGUCCCACCAGCCCCUUCAACGCAGGCAGCAGCUUCUGGUUCGGGGAAUCCUUGCUGCCCCUGGGCUCUGAAGACCUGGGAGGAGUGGAGUCUCCUGGCUUUGAUUCCUUGACAGCGCCACCUCCUCCACUGCAGCAGCAGGUCAUCUGGAGCCCUUUUGAGCAUGGGAACCCCCUCUCAGGGUUUGAAGGGAAAAACCAACGGCGGGAUAGCCAACCCAGCACUCCACGCCUCUCACCCACCUUCUCUGACAGCCAGGAGCACCACCGGAUGUACACCCAGGCCUUCUCCUACUCCAGCGAGAGCUCCACCUCCAGCUCUCCUCCCGACUCUGCCAGCUCAGCAGGGCUGUGUCAGGGCAAGCGGGACUGCAUCAGGUGCUUCGAGAGCGAGGUGAUUGCUGCUCUGGUGCCCUGUGGCCACAACUUGUUCUGCAUGGAGUGUGCCAACCGCAUCUGUGAGAACAGAGAGCCUUUGUGCCCAGUGUGCCAGGCUCCUGUCACACAGGCCAUCAGGAUCUUAAGCAUUUGAAAUCCCAAUGAGUUAGUUUGUGAGCAAGAUUGAUGGAUACAGAGGCAUUUCAGUGGGUGAUGGGGCGAGGAGACGGGCAGAUGGAAUCUUUUGGUACCGUCUUUUUGCAUUUUAUUUUUUGACUGUUAAUAGGCAAAAAAAAAAAGGGUUAGGAUUAGGCUUAAGUUGUUGGUCAUAUAACAUACAUACACAGGGUGUUUCUAAAGCCCUGCCCCAUAAUGGUUUUGUUUAUUAUGGUCCGUUGCAAGCGAGACUCUAAUGUACCGCUAUAGCACAGUAUACACCACAGUGGGCCAGGGCUUUUGAAACAUCCCGUAAUAAUUAUACUCUUCCCCCAACCCCAUAGCUGCUAAAUUGAGAACAAACUGCAUGUUCUAUUGGUCCCCUGCCUGCCUCUUCCAGGGAUGCCAGUUGUAAAAGGGAGAAAGUGGUGCUUACUUUAUAUUUACAUUUAAAAAAAGUAAAAAUAGGGCAUGCGCUUGUGUCCAAUUUUUAAAUCCCUAUGGCAUAUAAUCUGCAGAACAGAUUAUUUAGUAGUUGGUGUGGGGUGAAACUACUCCAGAAAUAAAGCCACACCUCUUAACUGCCUUUGAUAGUACUGCCGUGCUAUGUAACCAUUUUUGCAGUUUACAGCAACUUGUGCCUAAUUCCGCUGUUAACAAAAUUUUUGUUUUAAAGAAUUCAUGUUUGCAUGGGAAGGGGGUUUACAGUGGAUCAAGUAUCACUGUUACUACAGAUCAGUCAGCCUAGACUGAAAGUAUUAAUGUUUUACAGAAGAAUCUUGAAAGCGUACUUUGUACAGUCGGCAUAAGAUCAAAGGAUCAAGAAAUCAGUCUGUUUUAACCUUGAUUGUUCAAGUACACCCAACCAGAGCUUUUAAACUGGGGAAGUCCACUGGUCCUUCACAUAAAAAGGCAUUUGUGCAAGCUUUGGUUGAUUAAUGAAGCUGUUUAACAUUCCAUUAAUAUUACAUAUGUUUGUGUGCAAAGCUCAAUGAAAAGAGAUCACCCCCAGCCUCCCCUUUUCAAAAAAAAAAAAAAAAAAAAAAAACACACCAUAGCUGUUGUCAUGAUUAAGGCUCCUUAUCACAGUCUGCUUUCUUGCAUAUAUGUUUUUUUGAAAAUAUGAAUUGUAGCUUUUACUGAGUAUUUUAGCUGAUUCCUCCCCUCCUUUUC